AGCUUACUGAUCUCACAUGCUACAGGUUGACAUAACACCAACGCCACUCUCGCGUUGCGAUUUUUUACAUUUAUUUGUCAAGCUGGAUAUGUUGCUUAUGGAUUCGAUUUUCAGUACUACCGUGUUGUCCGUCGUGAGGAUUCUCCAUGUGAGUUAUGCAGCGAAGUACUUCUAGCUACCUUGCUUAUAGAAAAACUCAAUUGAAUGCUCACGAAUACGAUUGAUGCCGAGCUCGGCCUUUCCGUCUAUGCCUUAGUCAGGCCUUUCCACGACAGACAACGACAUCCACGUAGAAUUAUGCUGGUGAACUGUCAACCUAUUAUCGCUGAUUUGUUUUUUUUUUCGUUAAAUCUUCUUGUCCUGUACAGCUGUAGACCCACAAAUGAUGAUCGAGAACUCUGGCAUAUCUCCUAUCGCUUCGAUAGGUCCAACAAGCAUAUGUAUCGCUGGUGUGUGCUGAAUCAGUGUCUUGAUUUUUUUAUAAGUUACAAAAUUUUAGGAGCACGUAUCUGGAUCUCCUCAGACAGAGUUCUGGAUAAAACGAACAUGGAAGAGGCACACUGAUUUUGCGACAUACAAGGUGUUCCUCUUCCACGCGAACGGGCUUGCGCGAUGAAGACUGUUUGUACUGGAUGUGGAAUGAUCUGCGAAAGGUAAUGUGCCACAUGACGGGUGAAUGAUGAGUGAUUUUUUUCCCGUUUCCGAAUAAUCGCUAUAUUAUAAGUACUUAACAAAUUGUCGUAGUAGAAGGAGGUGCUACUAGAGCUAUUUAGUUUGCUGCUAGUGUCACGUAAUGCUAAUGGAUCGAAAAAAUCACAUGUUACAGCGCUUGAUAAUAUAUAAUUUUCACUUGACCUCCAGGUCCAGGGUUAACAAAGGUUCAGAGUGAUUGAACGAAAGUUCUUCUGUAAGAUAUUUCUCUUUUCAGUCUGGAAAGAUGAGAAAAUUUGUUUGGCCGCUGGCCGUUUCUUGCGUUGUUCUUUCUGGGUGUGACGUUUUCUUCGCACUGCGUUUUGCACGCCGCCUGACGAGGAGCCAGACGGGAGUGGGGUCUACAGAGCAUACGACAACCCUUCCAGCAGACGACAGGGCAGGCCACGUCAAUAAUGGUAAAGGGCAAGCUGCGCACGUCGUGGAUAAGGUAGAAGAUGACCAAAGCGAGGCGGUGGAUCUUGAGGUUCCACAAGCCCCACAACUUGCUACUACAGCAUCAAAUACGAGUGAAGACCGACAACUAAAGCCAGCCGCUCAACACGAACACGUUCUUGAGGACGAAGAGAAACAAACAACACCCGCUGCGGCAGUUUGGUACUUUCUCGACCAGUUUGCUGAGGUGUAUCUCGAAAUGGAGAAUGCUUUCACUGGAUCGUUCGAUGUUCCUGGCGUUGAAAGGGCUUUGCGCCGUGUGCUGGUCGACCGGUAUAGGACGGCUCGCAGCAUCGUGCUUCUUGCGAAGGAGCGCUAUGCAAGUUGGAAAAGAAUCACCGCAGGGAUCACCGCAGCCUACGCACUAGACCCAGACGAGGAACCCGUCCCAGAAAUGUCUCUGAAAGUGCUUGGAGUGGUAGUCACUAGUAACGAUGCAGAUGGGCAGUGGCCUGGACUUACCCGAACCCAACUCAUCCAACGAUAUAAUUUAUGAAAAUUUCAUCUUCUUCAUCCACAUUAGGCACGACGUUGCCGUCGAAUAGAUAUGAAUCAUCAACAUCUUGAUCGUGUUAAUAGUACAGGUGGAUCUUUUUUCGACACCACUGCAGUCAGAUUAUACAUAGGACCACCGGUUCAUCAUCAAGUUCAUCAAGAGUAACUACUCCAUCGAUGUUGAUGGAUGACUUGGAUUUAGGAUUGGAAUUUCUUCAUGCCUCACGAGGCCCGAGGCUGAUCACGGGAAGGACAUGUGGCUGGAAAUUGAAUUUGAAGAGAAGAGCCUCGCGCAUAUGGUAGAUGUGCUUCUUCCGAAAGACGCAAAAGUGCGCACUUUUGAGGAUUUGCAGAGACUUCUCACGUUUCUAGGAACGGUCUUCGAUGAUGUCAACAUGCUCGGAUCGAAGUUCCACGAUCGCGAUACAAAAGACCAGCAUGCGUGGUACAUGAAAUUCAUAAAAAGCGUUAAAAUCGUUUGCAGGGUGGGAGUUGUAACAUGGCAGCGAGGCCAAUGAUCAUGAUGAAGGGAAUUUGUACCUUCUAUCACAAUAACUUUUCGUUUUUUUCGGUCUUUUCCUAGUUAGGUUGGCUCCAACACUAAUAUUGAGCAUACCUACUAAGAAGUUGCAAGUUGAGCGAGAAGGAGACCGCCUCCGUCGGACACUAGGUUCUUUUACUACUCCUAUAUUUGCCCAACCUGAAAAUAGAAAAUCUUUUCGACUGUCAAUAUUCGAGGAGUAUGCAAUCAACCCGUUCUUUUCAGGUUUAUUGCAAAAUCCAGUAUGUCUAUGUCAAUCGAUUCUAGAUAAAGUAGGGUUUCUUGAAAACAGCUUUGCUUAUCUUAUUACCUUUAAGCAGUAGAGUAUCCCCACGUGACAGCAUCACGCAUUUAGCAGAAUACUUCUACACGGAUUCGUUCUCACGGAUGUCUAAGGUCCAUCAGGAUCAGCUUUUUUUUCAGUUGCAACAAGGUUUAUAAUUGUCUUUCUUCCGCGAAAAAAGGAGGAGAUGUUGGCAACAGGCUGCACUAGCAGCAAACUUUCUGACAAAUUUUAUACUUAUGUUGUCGUGGAUUGUGACGCCACUAAUGAUGUAUCAAUCUUCAUUUUUUUGGACGACUUAUUUUCGAGGUCUCUCAAACUUUUCCUUGGCAUGUAAUCUACAACAUGGAAAGUUAGAAAGACUAACUAGUACCGGAACAAAAACUAGUUGCAAAAUUAC